CAGAGUCAAAGUCCGACCGGCACCGCCAUAAGCCAUCUUUUGUGGCAACUGAUAAAUACUAUUAUACUUUUGAUAUAAAUUUUUGAAUAAUUUACGACGACGAGAAUUUACCUCAUCAUAGAUAUUGUAGUUAGCUUUUUAAGUCGGGGUGAGAUGCCCCACUGGAUCUGACUAGUGAGACUGAGGUGGUGUCGGUUCGUGAAUUUUGACGAACUAUCUCGAAAUUGUAAGAUAAUUGAACAAAUGAAUUGGAAAACGCGCGUGGAUUCGCUCGCGGAUCUCGAGAACCCGAACUAUUACUGCGGAUCGGAGAAUUCCGGAGGGAUGAGAUCGUGCGCCGUUUCUCCCCAGGGAUCUGCCGGGGGUCAACUUCCGCAACUUCGAUGUUUUACUACCGCGACCGUGGACGUCGAGGACCUGGGACGUUGCUUCGAAACGAAUCAGAAUCCCCCCCAGCAGAUCCCGGGGCACCACCGAGUGUUCGGGGCGAAACGCUGGGGGGUCGGUUAUGGGAACGUUAAGGUCAGGGGUCAACGGAAUCAGCCGUCUUCGCCGCCGCCUUCCGAACUCACGUGGGCCAACAUGAAGGAAGCUUUCGCCGGGGAGAUGAAAUUCGAGCAGAUUCGCAAAGGAAAAUCAAACGAAGACUUCUUUCCUCCCGACCCGAACUCCGCGGUCUCGAUUGAUAAAAUGGCCACCGUCGAAAAUGUGGUCGAUUCAUCGGUGGAACCGGAUAACGACGACCACACUCGAUUUCUAACGAGAUGGACGCCCUCCCAGCGUCAAUGUUGUCCUUAUCUCGAACAUCAGGAUUAUCAAAUCCCGCAACAGAUUUAUUUUGAUCAAGCCGCGGCGAUACCUUGGUUCAACCAGCCCUUGGGAAGCGACAUCGUCGAACAACACCUGGUUCCGGAUACCCCCUACCAUCAAAAAUCGUUCAAUUUUUGCUCGGAAGAACAAUGGCUCAGGUGCGAGGCGGUCGAAUGCCCCACGCUAAGAGAUGAUUAUAAUUUUGAUACGAUGCAACCGAUUCCACCGUGCAUGGACUACUCGUCGCAGGUCGCCUUUUAUUACGGAGAAGAUGUAGGCUAUCUCAGACCCGCUGAAUAUCAGAGAUACGAGGAAGACUCCCUAAGUAAUGAAAAACGGAAGGAGAAAUCGCGUGACGCUGCGCGGUGCAGGCGUAGCAGGGAGACCGAUAUUUUUUUGGAAUUGGCCGGAGCUCUUCCGGUACCGGUCGACCAAGCCAAGCUUCUCGACAAAGCCAGCGUUAUGCGUCUUGCCAUCGCUUAUCUCAAAGUUCGCACAGUAAUCGAUGCCGUACCGGAACCGUUGACCAAACGAGAACCAUCGCCGGACAUGGACGGGCUAUUCCUCAAGGCACUCGACGGUUUCAUGAUGGUUCUGUCCAGCGACGGGGACAUAGUUUAUCUGUCGGAAAACGUCAGCGAUUACCUCGGAGUUUCUCAGAUGGACAUGAUGGGUCAGAACGUAUACGACUACAGCCACCCCUGCGAUCACGAAGAACUCGGCGAAUGUCUAUCGGUCAAGCCGUCGGCCGACCACAGAAAUCUCUGCAAUCUAUUUCUCCGACUGAAAUGUACUCUCACCAGCAAGGGCAGAAAAGUCAAUCUGAAGAGCGCCUCGUACAAGGUGAUCCACUGCACGGGGCACAUGGUAAUCACUCCUCGCGAUUUGUCGGCACCUCCGGUCCUCAGUGAGGACAACGAGGACAGUUCGGGGGCAUCGGCGGAGGAAGGCGAACCGAACGAGAAAAAAAAUACCGAAACGGGUGGGUGUCUCGUACUCGUUGGCUGCCCCAUCCCGCACCCCAGUAACAUCGAGGUGCCCCUGGGACAGCAGACUUUCUUAUCGAAGCACAGCCUCAACAUGAAAUUCACCUACGCCGACGACAAAUUGGCGGAGUACCUGGGCUGGGAUACGAGCGAACUGGUCGGUCAGUCACUCUUCGAAUUUCACCACGCCCUCGACAACCUGGUGCUCGACAAAUCCUUCAAGUGCCUGUUCAGCAAGGGUCAAUGCGAAACUGCGGCCUACCGUUUCCUUGGGAAAAAAGGCGGUUACGCGUGGGUGGUGACGCAAGCGACUCUGAUCCACUGUGCUAAACAACACAAACCGCUCUCCGUCGUCUGCGUGAAUUACAUCGUAAGUGGUGUCGAGUGCAAAAAUGAAGUGUACAGCGUCCGUCAGCUGGAGGCGCGCUCCGUAGAUGCAGCAGCGAUUUCUUUGGAAGAAAAAGAAGAGGAAAUAGAUUCAACCGCGGCUUCCUCGUAUCCGGUGGCUCUCGUCGCAACUGUGGCUGUCGUGAAGAACGAAGAGACACGUCCCGCGGCCGAUCGAUUGUUAUUGAAUUCGUUAUCGAUUCCGGUACCGAUUCAGCAACAAAAAGAUCGCAGCAAACCGCUAUCGGUUACAGCGUCUCUGUUCAGCCAGCAAGAUAAACCGCAUAAAGAUUUUGUCGCUUCUAAAAAAGUAUUGGAUCCGCAGAAAGAAGAAUUUUUAACGAAUAAACCGGUGUCAAUUACCAAGAAGAUAAUAUCGGCUAACGAACAGCAGAGAACGAGACCAUUGUCGGUUACUAAAAGCAUUUUUGCACCAGCCCCGCAAGUUGUUCUUGAACCUACUCCCGGCAGACCUCAACCUCAAACCGCCACUGCGAGUAUAUUCGCGCCACGCACGAAGGAGAUGAACAAGGGCUUCCUCACCUUCAGCGAAGACCAACCUGGCCUUACCAUGUUGAAGGAUGAACCGGAGGACUUGACCCACCUUGCGCCGACACCUGGCGACGUUUGCGUACCCCUAGAAGACACGCCAUUCCUUUCAGAUAUGCUGGAUGAAUUCAUUUUAGGAAAUGACAAUUACUGCCCACUUUUAAGCCCGGGUUUACCCAACGAAUUGAGGACCUCCGACCUCGGCGAUUCGCUGAGGGAUAGCGAACUCGGCGAUUCUUUGGCCGAUAGCGAUCCCUUCAUGCACAGGGAUUCCCCUAGUCCAUGUCUAUCCAGUGGAACGCCGAACCUUCUCUCGCCGGCGUUCAGCAAGAGCCCGGGGAGCAUAGACUCUCUUUGUAGCCCCACCGGGAGCGGUGGCGGAUUGUCGGAGGAUGAAAUGCUGAUGCUAAGCAUCGGAGAUGUCCUCGCGGACGAGGAACUCGCUUUGAGGGCACCCUACAUACCAAUGUCCGACCAGGACGAAGCUCUACAACUCCUGAUAAGCGACGACAUGGUAAUGUGGGGACCCUCGCAGCCACCCGAUAAAAAAACCAAGUGGUCCACGAACAGCAUCGAGAAAUGUUCGGACUCCAACGUUAGUUCGAGUCUCGAACAGCUGUUGAGAACGAAUUGUUCUUCAUCUCCGUCGGGGGGAGGCGGUGCUAAAAAAUGUAACGACCACGGGGGUGGUUUAGUGGAUCCAACGGACGCCUUGGGGCACGCUUACAAAAAAAAUACGAGGGCGGAAAACUGGUUACCCAAAUCUGAACGUAAUUCGCAAAAACGUAUUCACACGACGUCAUCGUUGAAUCCAGAUAACGAGAAUAAGAGGAUAAAAUGCGAUCAGAAAAUUUCUAGUUGUCUUUUGAACGAUCAAAUUCGCUCGACGAAUUGCCUUACGUCCGACCAGCAGAGUAGCCAACUACUCCAGCAACUCAUGGCCCAGCAAUCCCCUACUAAAAAUUGUUCGGUGGGUGGCGGUGGAGGGGGAGGCACGAAUGGCUGCGGAACCGACAACAAUUUACGCUCUGCAAACGCGACUCUGCAACAACAGCAGUCGAACAGCGUUUUGAUGAACCUUUUGGUAUCGGGAUGCGACGAGAUGAUCGACCCCCGCAACAUCCCGCCCUUGAUCCAUCAGGAAAUGUCGCCGUUGAGCGUCGAUUUGGAUAACAACGUCGUCCCCCAGAUGCCAUCGAAUUUAAUUUUGGAACACCAGCUCAGCCCUGAUACCAGAAAUGAGCUGAUGAAUUCUAUGCCCCUCAAAACCAAGCCGGAUGUUCAUCAGGAAGUGUUGCCGAUGGAUUUCGACAACUUUGAUUUGGACGUUAAUUCCUUCUGCCCCGAACUCGUACAGAACUCGGAUCUGCUCAUAAAAAUCCUCGCCAAUAACUUAGUGCAGUAGAAAGCGGGAUUGAAUCGGGAAGAAUAUAUUUUUCUAAUUUCUAUAUGCCAAAUGCAUGCAAUUCUUAUCAGGAUUCAUUUGCGCCCCGUUGCCGUUAAUUUUUUUUGUUAUUGUGAGGAUAUUAAAUCGGCUUCUACUUGUUGACAACUUUCGUUUAAUAUUCACCAUUCGUUUAAAGUCAUCAAUAUUGAUUUUGAAAUCAACUUUAUCGCCGACGAAGUCUGUAUAACCAGAUCUGCCGAUCGGUCGGGUGCUGUUCCCGUUUCUUCGGUAGAUAUGAAUGAUUGAUUUUUUUAAAUUUCACUCGCAAUACAAUAACAAUUGAGGUCAAUGGGUUUAUACCACGAAGCAAUCCAAUUCAAUCAAUGUUGAAAUUCAUUUUUGACUGCAUGUUUCUAUUGGCAGAGUAGAAAAAAUAUUAUAUUUUACUUAAUGCUCAAUUCAUUUUUAUUCAGUUCGGGUUAUUCAAAUUUUUACAUUUCUAAAAAUUUUCAAAAAUUAUUAUGUAAAUUAUAUGUGUAUCUUAUACACGCGUAAACGAAAUAUCAAUAAAUGAAUAAAAGAAUGCUGAUAAAUAUGAUGUGUAGUAUUCUAAGUAUGUAACUAGAGAAUCGAUGAUAAUCAUAUGAAACUGGACUUGAUCUAAUCAGAAUUGUUCGUAUGGAAUAUUAUAUAUAAUAGUUUAUAUUCACGCAAAUAAAGUGCCAAUUAAUAAUGCCGGUAUUCUCAUCUUUGACCGUAUUUAAGUUUGAAUUCUCUCAGCGGCACGAUGGACCGAUCUACGGGAUUAUCUUGGUAGCAUAUUCGGUAAGAUUUGAUUGAAAAUUUGUUCUCAAACAACGAUUACUACACGAAUAAACGAUGCGUGAUUAACGUAUGACGCAUUCGUUCAGCGUGCUUAGUUAUAAAUUAUGAUUAUCGACAGACCGGUACGUAAUGCAAAUUAUAUGUACAAUUGGAGGGAUGAUAUAAACGUAACUCCAGAAAUAUAAACUAUCAACGUUGUAUAGGUUUAUAGAAGGAGAUCGAUUUGAAUUAUAUUUUAAGACAGAUCUGUAUAUCUUUACACUAUUAAUAACAGAAUUAUCAUUUUUUAUUAUUAUUAUAUCAAUUAUUAUUACAACUAAUAUUAUUAUCAUUAUCGUUAUGACGUCGAUACAUAGCGUUAGACGAUGGAAACUUAGUGUAUUAUUAAUUCCUGACUGUUAUCCACGACACCAAUGUAUACGUAUACAUACUUUCAUAUGAAAAAUAAGUAACAGAAUUAUACUUCAUGCUGGUAAAUAAGUAUCAGAAUAAAAUAUACAUUUAUAUAUUGACA